UACCUAAACCCUGUCUUCCCGCUUUACUUCCUCCAAGGUUUGAGCUUCGAUUAGUAAAGAUUUUCGAUUUCCUCUCUCCUUUUAUUAUUUGCUAAUGGCUUCAGCUUGCAAGAGCUUCAUCAGUAGAUCAUCAUCCUCCAUCAAAUCCGCCUUUAGAACUAACGGUCCAAAAUCCCCAUUCUCAAGAUCUGCCGCUGCUCCCUCCUCCACCCGAUCACCUCUCCCCUCCCAAUCCACCUCUCCUCUUCGCCGUUUCACUUUCUCCAGGUGUCCUUCGGAGCUGGGAUGUGCGCAUUCACUGUUGCCGCUGCACAGUACGGUGGCGGCGGCGAGGCUGUCAUCCUGCUUGAGCUCAACAUCAAGGAGUUGCCGGGCACUUUCUCAGGGUACACUCUGCUGCACUUAUCCCGGUCUCUAGUACUAUUUUAUCUGUUUUCUA